AACAAAAUGAGAAACUUCAUUUGCUUAUUGCUUUCGCUUCUUUCUUUUAAUCUUUUGCCAGUAAUUUCUUCUGCAUCUGCAUCUUAUGGCAAUCAUCAAGAUUUUGUUGGAUGCCUUGUUUCAAACUCCACAUCUAUGAAAGAAGUUAUUUACACCCGAAGCAACUCCUCUUACGCCUCUGUCUUGGAGUUUUCUUUGCACAACCUGCGUUUUGCAACACCUGAAACUCCAAAACCUCUUGUCAUUGUGACCCCCAUGCAAGAAUCUCAGGUCCAAACUGUGGUGUAUUGCUCCAAGAAGCAUGAGUUGGAGAUGAGGAUUCGUGGUGGUGGUCAUGAUUUCGAGGGUAUAUCUUAUGUAUCUCAGGUCCCAUUUGUGUUGCUUGAUAUGAUUAAUCUUCGGUCAGUUGAUGUUGAUCCUGUAGCUGCAACUGCAUGGGUUCAAUCUGGUGCAACGAUGGGUGAGGUUUACUAUGCAAUUGCUCAAAAAAGUAAAACACUUGGUUUUCCAGGGGGAACUUAUGCCAGUGUUGGUGUGACUGGACUAAUCGGUGGAGGGGGGUAUGGUGUCUUGAGACGAAAGUAUGGCCUUGCUGCUGAUAAUGUCAUUGAUGCUCGUAUGGUGGACGUUAAUGGAAGAAUUAUUAAUCGCGGAUCAAUGGGUGAAGAUCUAUUUUGGGCCAUCAGAGGUGGUGGCCCUUCCAGCUUUGGGAUUAUUCUUUCUUGGAAGUUGAACCUAGUUUCUGUCCCAGAAAGAGUCACCAUAUUUAGUGUCACAAGGACUAUACAACAGAAUGCAACUGAUAUUGUUUGGCGCUGGCAAACGCUUGCUCCCAGCCUUCCAAAAGACGCGGAGAUAAGAAUCCAAGCAAAUACAGUCAAGAAAGACAGCCUUGCAGAUGAUACAGCAAUAGUAGUAAGAAUUUUAGGCUCGUACCUUGGGGGCGUAGAUAAACUACUUUCACUAAUGCAAGAAAUAUUCCCAGAACUGAAUUUGGUUCACAAAGAUUGUGUUCAAGUUAGUUACAUUCAGUCUGUGCUGUAUUUCGCCACCAAUUCUGUUGAACAACCUCUUGAAACUCUCUUGGAUAGGACUACAUUCAAAGUUCCUUGCAAGGUGAAAACAGACUACGUGACACGACCAAUUUCAAAAGAAGGCUUGAAUGGAAUCUGGGAAAUGAUGCUAAAAUCUGAUCCGGACACGACAAGCCUGUUCUUGACUUCGUAUGGGGGGAAAAUGGAUGAAAUUUCAGAAUCUGCAAUUCCAUUCCCACAUAGAGCUGGUACACUAUACAUGACCUCCAUCAGAGUGCUGCGCGAUACCAAAAAGGCCUUGGACUGGAUCAGAAGCUUUUACAGCUACUUGACUCCAUACGUGUCGUCUCCAAGGACGGCGUAUGUGAAUUUUGUUGAUCUUGACUUGGGAGUGAAUAAUGAAAAUGGUGUCACAAACUAUACAGAAGCCAGCAAGUGGGGUAAAAUGUACUAUAAGAAUAAUUUUGAUAGAUUGGUUCACAUCAAGUCCAAAGUUGAUCCUACUAACUUCUUCGGACACCAGCAAAGUAUCCCUCCUGGCUCCUCUUAA